UUUGCAAAAACCCUUUUUCUCUCUCAAACCGCUAUAUAAUCACAAAAACCUUUCAUUUCCUCUUCCUCUUUCGCCACACACUUACGCUUCCAAAACCCUAGUAGCAUACUCAUUCUCAUCUCUCUCUCUCUCACUGUUUCCAAUGGAGUUCUGGGGUGCUGAGGUUAAGGUUGGAGAAACUAUCAAGAUUGACCCAUAUGACCUUGAAGCAGCUGCAAUUCACAUUUCUCAGGUUGCACUUGGUGAAGCAAAGAAAGACAAACCAAACGAGUCUGUGGUUAUUUACCUCAAAGUUGGUGAACAGAAACUUGUUUUGGGAACCCUGACCAAGGACAAAAUUCCUCAGAUAUCUCUUGAUAUUGUUCUUGAAAAGGAAUUUGAGCUAUCUCACAAUUCCAAAGCUGCUAGUGUUCAUUUCUGUGGAUACAAAGCUUACUAUGAAGACAAUGAUGAUAGUGAGGAAGAAGGUGAAACUGAUAGUGAAGAUGAAGACAUCCCAUUGAUUACCACAGAGCAGAAUGGAAAACCAGAACCAAAAGCAGAGGAGUUGAAGGUUUCUGAACCUAAAAAAGCUGAUGCCAAGAAUGCUGCACCUGCCAAGAAUGCUGCAACUGCAAAACACGUGAAGGUUGUUGAUCCAAAAGAUGAAGAUUCUGAUGAUGAUGAUGAAUCUGAUGAUGAAAUUGGAAGCUCUGAUGAUGAGAUGGAGAAUGCUGAUAGUGAUAGUGAAGAUGAAGAUGACAGUGAUGAGGAUGAUGAGGAAGAGACUCCUGUGAAGAAGGUUGACCAGGGAAAGAAGAGGCCCAAUGAAUCUGCUUCAAAAACUCCAAUUUCUAGCAAGAAAUCAAAAAAUGCCACUCCUGAGAAGACUGAUGGUAAGAAAGCUGGACAUACAGCAACUCCUCAUCCUAAGAAAGGUGGAAAGACUCCUAACAGUGAUGCCAAAACUCCCAAGUCUGGAGGAGGACUCUCUUGCAGUAGUUGCAGCAAGACAUUCAACUCUGAAACUGGACUGACACAACAUAGCAAGGCCAAGCAUGGUGCUAAGUGAAGUUGCUCUCAAUUGUAGUUUGUCGACAAAUGGAUGUAAUUGGUUUUCAUAUGUAGUAUGAUGAGUAUCUUAAGGAUGUUAGGUGUCUGUCCUUGAUUUUUGAUCUAGUAAACAUGAGGGAAAGUUUUUUUGGUGAUGACAUGUUUUGGAAGCUGUUUGACUUUGUUGGGCGGAAGUGAUUGCCUAAAUUAAUUGCGUUUAGAUUUUGUACCGCUUAUUUAUGUUCUUAUUUUAAAUUUACGCCGAGCUAUAUUGGCUAUUUUGAAUUA